AUGAGUUUCCUAUUUGGCAAGCGGAAGACGCCCGCAGAGCUUCUGCGGGAAAACAAGAGGAUGUUGGACAAAUCUAUUAGGGAAAUAGAGAGGGAGAGGCAAGCCCUCCAAGGCCAAGAGAAGAAACUAAUUAUGGAGAUUAAGAAAAGUGCCAAGCAAGGCCAGAUGGGGGCUGUAAAAGUUAUGGCAAAAGACCUUGUUCGAACACGACAUCAGAUUGAAAAGUUUUACAAGCUCAAAUCCCAACUCCAGGGUGUAUCUCUUAGAAUCCAGACAUUGAAAUCGACACAAGCUAUGGGAGAGGCAAUGAAAGGAGUGACAAAGGCAAUGGGACAGAUGAACAGACAGAUGAACUUGCCAUCACUGCAGAAAAUUAUGCAAGAAUUUGAGAGGCAGAAUGAGAAGAUGGAAUUGGUAACUGAAGUGAUGGGUGAUGCGAUUGAUGAUGCUUUGGAAGGAGAUGAGGAAGAGGAGGAAACCGAUGAACUAGUGAGCCAAGUUCUUGAUGAGAUUGGAAUAGACAUUAACCAAGAGCUCGUUAAUGCGCCAUCAGCUGCUGUUGCUGCACCAUCUGCAAAGAACAAGGUUCCACAAGUGGAAGCAGCUGCAACUGAUGACACUGGGAUAGAUAGUGAGUUACAGGCAAGGCUAGACAAUUUAAGAAAGAUGUAG